UAUGAGAUUAUCAGUUCGCUCAGUGUACUUCCUGAGUCAGCGGUGGUGGAACAGUCCUCUUACGUCCUGCACACAAGGAAGAUGAAUAAUAAUACGCAGGAUACUGCAGUGCUUCAGCACAUUGAGAGGGAGGUACGCAUGCGUGAGGGAGCUUGCAAGCUACUGGCAGCAUGUUCCCAAAGAGAGCAGGCCCUGGAGGCCUCCAAGAGCCUCCUAACCUGCAAUACCCGCAUUCUGGCCUUGCUCAGCCAACUACAGAGGAUGAGGAAAGUACAAAUCCUACAAAGUGUGGGAUGCAGGCCAUCUGACGAUCUGGUGCCAUGUACAGGAAAAGUAGCACUUUCAGACCUGCGAAUCCCCCUCAUGUGGAAAGACUCAGAGUACUUCAAAAACAAAGGAGAACUACAUCGCUGUGCCGUAUUCUGCCUGAUCCAGUGUGGCACAGAGAUCCAUGACACUGACCUGGUGAUGGUAGACAGGACAUUAACUGACAUCUGUUUUGAAGACACUAUAAUAUUCAACGAGGUAAGUCCAGGGUUUCAGCUUCGCAUUGAGCUGUACAGCAGUUGCGUGGUCGAUGAAUUCUCCCCUGGGGCCAUAGGAUCCUGGAGAGUGAGCCGUCUGGGGGGCUCUUUGGGAUGCUCCUCUGGGAAAAAGAUCCGUGCUGCAUUCGAGUCUGCAGCUGUUUGCGGAUCCAUUUCCAGUGGAGAUGUAAGAUCCGGAAGCGUGCCACCAACAUUAUCACCUGACCUGUUGGCACUGGGACCUAAGUACAACCUUUUGGCUCACACAACCCUGAGAAUUGAGCAUGUCCGGGAAGGUUUCAAAACGCACGAUUUAUCACUUUCAGCGACAGAGGAUAAUCCAUUCUGGUUGCCUUUGUACGGAAGUAUGUGUUGUUGCUUAGUUGCUCAGCCUCUGUGCAUGAUUCAGCCAGUGAUAAGUGGCCAAAUCAAAAUCAAGCUCAGCUCAGAAGAGGACUGUACUUAUUCUGAAACUGUCUAUGGUGUCCUCAAGAGGCAAGCCCUUCUCUGUUAUCAAAGUCAAGAAGGCCUGGAGUCUGACGACAAUCCCUUGCUUGAGAUUCCAAUAACAAAGGAUACCGUUGUCUGUAUGUCUGACAGAGAUCCUGCCAAUUGCCAGAAAAUAUACAUCAAUACACAACGUCAAGGGGAGGACAUAACUUAUGUGCUUACCACAUGCACACUUGAAGAUACACAGCACUGGAGGAAGGCCCUCUGUCAGCACAUCUAUAGCAUGAGCCAUUGGAAACAGUGCUGUGACAACCUCAUGAAGAUACAAAUGCCGAGCUCCAGGAAAUCAGUAAUGACGAAGCAGGGAUCUCUAUACCAUGAAAUAGCGACACCCUCCUCGCCCAGAAAGCAAACUGAGGUUCCAGAUUUAUCUACUGAUAUCCGCUCUUUGCUCUCUACAUACUACAAGGAAAGUUAUUGAUCACCCUGCCAAGGACACUGGGAAAGAGCGAAACACACUUCUCAGCAGCCCAAUUCUGGUUACCUUGCCCGGUCAAGGAGUUGGAGAAGGACAUGAUAAUUGGUGGUCUUUCAUGAUUUGGAAGGUCACCAGAAUUACUCAACUGUGCUUACUUUUUCAUGCUACUCCUGAAAGAAUCCAAACUGUUUAUCCAACAACAAUAGCUAGCAAUUUUUGGAGUCAAGGUGAUAUAAUGAGAUUCCACUCUAAUUUUGAUUCCAUUUACCUUGGCCCCUUAUCUUUAGUUACUGUGAUAAACAUGAAAAUAUCCAUUUAUUAGGCACCCACUGGGAUAAAAUCAUGUCUCACUAAUUUGAGUAUCAUGUGCAGCAACAUGUGCAUUUAUAUUUUCACCUGGUUUUAUUGUUACACAGGAAGACAUGCGUUAAAUUUUAGUUGUACUAAUGUGGAUUAACAAUAGCAUUGUGCUAUUAUAGAAAAUAGCAGAAGUAGUCUGGCAUAUUUCUACUGAGUCAUAAGGCAAAUACUCUAGGAGGAAAAUCUUUUUACUGUAAAUCAAGAGCACACCUUGCAUUGUCUACAAAUAUUUUCACUGAUGUUAUGCUUGUUUUGGCCACACCUCUUGGAAGCAUAUAAAACUCUACACUUCCAGUCAACAUCCUGUGGAACGAGAAAAAGGUAAUUAGUAUUCGUGGAGAAAGCAGGUAGGAAUCAGAGAAGGGUUUCUCAGAAGUUUGUCACUGGGUGUGCCUUAAUGCUAAAGAGGACGUGUGAGAAUGCAAUAAGCGAUUAGCUAAUCUAAUCUGUUAUCUGGAGAUGCCAAGGAUGCACAGAAUCCUUCGAGGCCUCACGUCAUGAUCAGGAAUUGCUAAAAUCUUAUCUUAUGUUAAGUAUUGUGUUUUAGUAUUUUGUUUUCGCCUUGCUUUGUGAAAAAAGAAACUUGAGAAU